AUGCCCAAGAGAACUCGCGAAUCCCAAGACGCUGGUGAAAAGACACAGCCGCCUACGCGCAGGAACACCGAACGUUCCCAUUCCGAGAAUCAGGAACGCGCAUACAUCGCCGCCUCGAGGCGCGCGGAUCGGAGCAUCGAGGCACGGGUCCAGUCAGCCCGCAACGCCAGCGACAUCCACAAGAAGAGAACGGGCAAGGCCUUUCGCAUCACCGAAGAGAUCGUCAUGAAGGAGGAAAUGUAUGAGGAAGAGGACGACGACUUCCCGCGCUCCUAUCGGCUCCUCAACCCACACAUGCAAACCGCCAACCCAGAGCUCAAUGCUAGAGUCGACGCGUAUCUGAGUAACAGGGUUGCUAUGUCCAAGCUGCUCUCUGCUACUGACAACGACUGGCGCAACAACGAGAUCAAUACAACAUUUGAUCAAUUCUUCCCCAACGUCCAGAGCCGGGUUAGGGCUGCUUCUCAUCAGCAUUGGUCCACCGGUCAGGGCUUCUCCGUACCGCAGACGCUUCAGUCGCCUGUUGCGACUCCACGAGCCCCAAGUGUUGGCGAGCCGCCUUUCAACAUGCACUUCCACCCUAUCAACUACGGACAACCAAACAACGGACAACCAAACAACGGACAACCAAACAACGGACAACCAAACAACGGACAACCAAACAACGGGCAGCCAAAUAACGGACAAGCAAAUAACGGGCAAGCAGACAACGGGCAAGCAGACAACGGGCAAGCAGACAACGGGCAACAAAACAACGGACAACAGAACAACGGGCAACAGCACAACGAGAGAAAUCCAUCCACAGCUAGCUUACCAGUAUCCCCUACCGAGGCCAGGAACGACGGCCCCAUGUCACCCCCAGCUCUUACUCCUGGGUCUAUGUCCCACCCAGAGACACCUCGGUCUCGCCACGGGUCGACAUUUGGAGCCACACAAUCUCAAUCUUACAGUGUUAGGGGCGGCUUCAACUCGGAGAGUUCGUCAUUUACUACACAGCUACCUGCUGAAGCGAGGAUGUUUCUGGGUGGCGUUGGUCUCAGCAAUGCCUAUGGCACGUCCAUGUACAACGAGCCUCAACUGUGGCAAGCCCAGAGUUUCAGCUUGGAUCCUGGCGCGGAUGCUGCGAACCAGUUCUUUGGCUACACCGCUGAUACCAAACCCCUUAAGGAGGGUGAAAUCACAGCCGCUUCUAGGGACGAGCAAUACCCAGACCCCUUCGCGAUCAUGGGCUGGAACAAUCAAGGCGACAACCAAGGCGAAUCUGACUCUCCGGCUAAGAACGUUCUCGAAGAAUGGGAGACGUACAUUGAUGAUAGCGCCUGGAACAGCAGCCAGAAAUGA